UGUGUGUGUGCGUGUGUGUCUGUGUCUGUGUGUGUGUGUGUGUGGCAAGCGCUGCACCACACUUCUCGUGUCCGUUCUCACACACACCACCAUCACCACCACCACCGCCAUCAUGCCCACGCUCAACAGACGUGCUUCAACUGCAAUCGGUUCGGUCAAGUCCGCUGCUACCGCUGCUCAGGCCGAGGCAGGUUACGGUGCGGGGAGUGCCAUGGUGCGACGUUCAUUCGCGUUCGUGACAGCAACAGCAGCAGCGCUCGCACCACGCGCGAAACGUGCCAUCGUUGCUUCGGAAGUGGACGUGUUCGCUGUGCGAUCUGCGUUGGCCACGGACAGGUUUGGCUUGCAUUGCUGUGGCACGCCUUGUCCCGUGUGCCGCUGCGCUGGUCAGCUCAAAGUCUCCCUUCGUCUCUCCGUCACCAGGAGUGUGAUUUCUUCCGAUCACGUUGCCGACCGCGCCAUCCCCGGGCACCACAUCGACGCAGCAGCGGGACAGAUCGUAUUUGACGAGCACGCACAGCAGGUGAAUGCUGUGUCGCGGUUUCCAAGCAGUGACAUCAACGACACAUCUCGUUUGCUCAUCAGCAAACACCGCGUCGACGCAGCAGCGGCGCAGGCGCGAAUAUUGCGGCAGCGCCACACCAUCAGCGCCAUUCCCGUGCACGAAAUACGAUACCUGUACCGCGGGAAGGAGAGAACAUUCUGGAUCUUUGGUCACGACCACAGGGUGCACGUGACCGACUAUCCUGCUCGCUUCUGCUUUGGCAUGUGCACCUUGCUCUAA